AUGCCCGACUUUACCGAUAAGCUCCGUCCAUCCCAACCCGAUGGACCUACAACACUUGCACGCGAGCGAGCACAAUCCAGUAUCUCGAUAGACGAGCUUGGAAAUCACCUACUAUCAUCCGAUGGCUUCCUACAACGACAGGCUCGAAUUCUCUCUAUCCUACAGCGAGAGCCACUUCUAUCAAAGGAUACACAGCAAAAUUUGUCGCGACCUGAACGAUUUAAACUAGGACUCGCCCGAGCAAAGCUCCUACGUCGAUUAGUCGAUAAAUACCAAUGGGGCUACGAUGAUUAUAAAAUGGCAGAGUACCUAGUCAGCGAUGUCUCGCCAUAUUUUCUACAUUUGGAGAUGUUCAUCACCACCGUACGCGAACAAGGCAGCGAGGCCCAACGAGCGCAUUGGAUGCCAUUGAUUGAGUCGUGGAGAAUCAUCGGAGCAUAUGCGCAGACGGAGCUAGGCCACGGCAGUAAUGUCCGUGGUCUCGAGCUUGAAGCACGAUGGGAUCAUCAAGCAAAGGAAUUCAUUCUACAUAGCCCGACUUUGACGGCUAGCAAAUGGUGGAAUGGCAGCUUGGGUCGAAUAGCUAACCACGCUAUUGUGGUUGCUCAACUGCUUCUUCCUAAAUCAGGCUCUUCGGAGUAUAUUUCUCAUGGUCCGCAUCCAUUUAUUGUUCAAGUUCGAGAUAUGAAAACUCAUCAACCACUGGAUGGUGUGGUGGUUGGAGACAUUGGUCCGAAAUACGGAUACAUAACGAUGGAUAACGCAUACAUGCUUUUCAGUAAUUUCCGCAUCCCUCACUCUGCCAUGCUCUCGAGGUACUCAAGUGUAGAUCCUGAAACAGGAAUCUACACAAAACCAGCACAACCAGCCGUCGUCUAUGGAUCUCUCACAUACGUCCGAGCUCAAAUAGUCCACCACGCUCGACUUGUUCUCGCACGCGCGGUCACAGUAGCAGUGCGCUACACAGCAGUACGCCGACAAUUCAAAGACCGCGAUAGCGAUGGCAGCGGACCCGAAAUGUCCGUCCUCGAUUAUCCCACCGUGCAGAUACGGAUUCUACCCCUACUAGCAUCAACAUUCGCACUCCAUUAUACAGGUCUAGCUAUGCGAACUGUAUACGAGAACGCGCGACAAGAUGUGGAGCGUGGAGAGUUUCAUUCCUUAGCCCAUAUGCAUAAUGGGAUUGAGACUUGUCGGCGGGCUUUGGGUGGACAUGGCUUUGGAGGCGGAAGUGGUUUGAUCGAGCUUAAUAAUGACUAUUUGUCUAAGCCGACAGUUGAAGGUGAUAAUUGGAUGAUUACGCAGCAGGCUGCUUCGUAUUUGAUUAAGAGGAUGACUGUUGCGGUGCAAGCACCUAACUCAGCGGGGUCAGAUGAACUGGAUUCACGAUUCAAGGAGUUUGUUCGAAACCUGGUUUGUAAUAAUUGGGCUACAUACCGUGUGCUGGAACGGGAUGAAGAUAUUGCUAGAAGUUUUGAGCUGCGCGCUACGGCUUUGGCAUAUGAUGCGUACCAGCAGAGAGUUCUCAAGACGAGAAGCUGGAAUAGUCUUCUCAUACAACUGCACAAGUUGAGCAAGGCCCAAUCCCAAUCAAUUCUUGUUAGAGAAUUCUUUGAGGCCUUGUCGACAAAUAAUACCCUUUCGAGCUCCAUAAAGACCAUCAUGUGGGACGUUUAUCGACUUUUUGCGCUUUAUACCAUGGAAAAUGAUGGAUACGAAUUCUUCCGCUGUGGCGCCGUGCCUCAAUCCGAUAUCGAUCUACUACCAGGGCGAAUUCAAGAUCUAAUGGCGAAAAUCAGACCACAUGCCGUGAAGUUGGUAGAUUCGUGGAUGAUUCCUGAUUAUUUGCUUGACAGUGCACUGGGGAGAUAUGAUGGGCGUGUUUAUGAGGAUCUCUAUAAUCGGGCUCAUCGGCUGAACCCAUUGAAUGAGAUUACUUUUAACCCGAAUUAUUGGGAGGAUGAGAUUGUUAAAGGGUCUGGAGAUAAUGGAUCUGGAAUAUUGUCUAAUUUGUGA